CCCGACGCUGUCCGAAAUGCAAUGCUUAGGAGAAAUAUUAUAUCACCACCACUUUAACAUGCAAUGCUGCCGCUGUUACUACUACUACUACUACUAUUUCUACCAUGAUUCGUGCUGCUACUACUUCCAUCUUCUGUUUUUGUUCAUUUGGCAGUGAAACAUUCCUCUUUUGCAAAUUUAUGUUUGCGCUCUCUUUAAUUCUCUCUCUCUCUCGCCUCCAUCACUAUUUCUAACUCCAACCUUCACCGCUAAAAUUUAAGGUAGUGAACAAGGGAGGUAACUCCGACAACGGCGCUAACUCAUAGGAGGGAAACUCGGGGACAAUUAGUUGUGUUGAGCAGAGAGGGAAAUAUUCAUACAUACAUAAUACAUAGAGAGAAAGAAAGACAGAGAGAGAGACACAUACACAGAGGGAGUGAAAGAUAUAUAUACAAACAAAACAAAAAAGUACAUAUACAGUUAGAAAGCGAGAUAGAGGAAAAUAAUAGCAAACUAGCGUGUUCUGAGUAGUUUUAUCAAUUACCCAAGCUGAAGGGAAAUAUGACAUUAGAUUCCUAAACCAGGUGUAAUCAAACCAAAUUCAAAAAAAAGCAGUUACACAACAAAGCCCAUGUUUGAUCUUCCUCAAUGGCUCCAUCAGAAAACAGUACUGUUGAUAUCAAAAAGGAAUCCGAGAAAGCAGAUAGAGUUGUACAGUGUGUUACUGAGUCAUUGACUGACAUUCUAGCAGGCAAUAUCAAAUUGUCUGCAUUAUCACGAUGUUCUAAUGUCAAGCUGACCUAUGUCCUUUAUGGAAGACUGCUGGAUUUUAUCAAGAUCCAGCCUAUGAAAACUACUGAGACAUUAGUUGUCAUCCUCAAGUUUCUGUUUCCAGAUCUCGUGCCUUUCUUACCAAACCGGAUUGCUGCAUUUUCUGCAACAAUCCGUCUCUACGUUGAACGGGCUCGCAAACUUGGUAAUUUGGAAUCUAUUUACCAACCAAUCGCAAGUCUUUAUGCUGCUAAGCUUGAGGCAGAGUGGGAGGAUUUUACGAAAUGGGGAGUCACAAAAUCCAUGCUUAUAACUGGUCCAUUAGUUCCCCGACCUGGCUCUAAAAUGACUCUAGCUAAUAAACACAUAGUAAUAUUAUGUCGCCUACGAAAUUCCUAUCAUCUUUGCUGGUUUAAAGUCGUUCCCAAAUGGCUGCAUUUCUUUGGAAUUCUGAACAGCAAAGUGUUAUUAAAACCAAUGGAUAUCAAAAGACAGUGGACACAAAUUCUUGAACAAGCAGAGCAACUAGAAGGGGAAGAAUUAAGCAUUUUUCUUGAAACACCUUAUCAGUUACCACUUCCUAGCAAAUCUCCAAGAUCUUUCAAACUGGAACAUAUGAACGAUUCUAUUUCAGCUGAUAUUUCAGUAACUUCUAAUAAUGUUGGAAAAGACACUUCCAGUUUAGCUGAUCUUCCACAAAGCAGAUCUUCUUCAUAUUGCAAAGAAAGUGCUUGGGCUCAAAAUUUGCGUCAAAAAGUUGAUGAGCUCCAGUUACUUCUUGACAAUAAAAACAAAGAAAUGACCUCUUUUCUCAAUAAACUGACUGAGAAAGAAAAGAAAAUAGAAUGCUUAACAUUACGACUUUCUAAAAUGAAAAUCCUGAAAAAUCAUUGGUUGAUGAAAUAUCGCAAACUUGCUGGAGUCAAUCUCUUUGCAGAAGACUCUGAGUUUGAUGUGAAUUUGCAACACACUGAAAAAGUGAAGGAAAAUGCAAAGUGUAUACGUAGAACUCUGAACUUAGGGUGUUCAAAUGAGAGUUCUAAAUUUGUGGACAAGUUCUUAGAUGAUGGUUUUAUUGAACAACUUUUGGAAUGUGUCAUUGCUCAUGGCUUGAACAUUGAUCUAAGUUCUAAUGUUGUUUUGAUGUUUCUACAAGAACUAGUUAUCCACAGCGAAAAGAAAUUGUUGAAUAACCUUGACUUUUUGCAGAAUGGCUAUCUGAAUGUUGAACCAAAUGUUAUGCUGAAUUAUAACAGCUUGUCAUCUUCAACAAACAAUGAUGACUCUUCAAUAACAAGCCCGAUAGGGUCAUCAACAACUUGUAACUCACCUGUCAUUAAUAACACUAACUGUCUUAACAGUCCUUCUUUCUCGUCUCAUGAUGCUUUAUAUUUAGACGUUGAUGAAUCUCUCAAUGACAAAUGGUCUGAUCUGUAUGAAAAAACUUGUGAGAUUUCACAGAUAGAUCCUAAAAUUCUGUCAGAGGCAACUUCUGGGAAAAACUGCCAAGAUGGAGACUGGCCACCCAAAGUUUCCGAAACUUCUCCCAUUGAAAUUCUUGAUAAUUCUAGUAUUUUGCUCAAUGCAGAACUUUUCUCUAAAAUGGCUCUGACAAAGUCUGAUUCUGUUACAGGUGAAAUUCUUCCAGAUACUUCAUACUCAGCCUGGGACACAGAAAAAUCAAUUGCUGAACUUUCUAAAAAUCUUAUAGAAUCAGAUUACCCUGUUUCUGGGUUUUCUUCUACACCUAAUGAUGUUACAACAGCUUCAGAUUCGAAAAGCUUGUUUGAGAUGAACACUUCUAAAAAUCUUCCAAGAACGUUUGGUCACAAAACUCCCGUUUUCAAAGCAAAAGAUUACAAUGAAGUUGAUGAUAUCUCAACUAUGGGUGAGAUCUGGUCUUACAACAAAUUCUACAAACAUAACAACAAUUAUCUUGAAGAAAAGAAUUAUUUUCAGUCUACUGAAUUCAAUAAUAAUUACAUAGAUAUAACUGUUGAUUCUGAUGGAACCAGUGAUAUUGAGCCAAAACAAAAUAGUAACAGGGAACAGAACAUUGACAGAAAAUUAUCUGAGUCAAACAGAUUGCGUACAGAAACAGAACAUUUACCAGUGAAAAUUAAUGUGACUACUGAUGAUGUUUCAGGAGUAUGUACAGAUGGUUUUCUAUCAGAAACAUCAAUAAACACAAUAAAAUCUAAACCAUACCCUCUAAAAUACCCUACAAAUUUAAAGAAACGACCGCGUGGAAGACCUAAAAGUUUGAAACGCAUGAAAAUUCAAAAGACAUCAUAAAACUCAUGUUGUAAUUACUCAGAGUUCUAUUAGAAUAAAAAGUAAGGCUGUGUUUGACAAAAAAAAAAUGGUGUGGGGGUUGGGGAUAUAGAAACAUUUCACUCAAUGAUAAAAUUGUUACAGUAUAAAACAUUAAAAACAGAUAUUCAUCCUUCAAUAUAUAACAUACAUCACAUUGUUUAUCAUGUGUACAGUUAUUUCAACAAACGUUUGUAUGUUUAUAUACAUGUGUUGGUGUAUGUGUGUGUGCAUGCGCACAAGAGUGAGUAUGUGUGUAAUACAUGCACAAAUAUAUAUGUGAAUGUGUGUGUAUUUGGUGCCCCAGCGAGACUACAGGUGAAUGACUGAAACUAGUAAAUGGAUAAAUGGAAGUAUGUAUGUAUAUGUGUGUAUGUGUAUAUAUAUGUGAGUGCAUGUAUAUGUAUAUAAUGACCCAUUUUUGGUUCUUUCUAAAAUCAAUUUGCAAUAUGGCUUGUUAGGUCUGCUUGAUUCCAUAAAAAGAUUUCACCUAGAAUUGAUGUAUCUCCUGUAUUUUUUUAACAAUUAGAAGACCAUUAAUUAAAAACGUAUGUUUAGUUCUAUUAGAGAAAGUCUAUAAUCAAAGUUUUACAUAUUACCUUCAGACAUCUGCAAGUUUCUUUCAUUUUGCUUUGAGCUGGAAAAAUCUUAUACACUGUUUCAAAUUGAAAUAAAAUCAUGAAAAUAUUUGAACAAA